AUGCCCACUUAUCGUCUUACUUAUUUUGAUGCAAUGGGCAGAGCUGAACCCUCACGAUUGCUCUUUAUGUUAGCCGAUGUGGAAUUCGACGAUCGGCGGAUACAAGCAAGGGAAUGGGUCCAAAUGAAGCCAACCAUUCCCUGGGGCCAGUUACCAUUAUUAGAAGUCGAUGAUCGAAGUCUCUCCCAUUGUCGGGCCAUUGAGAGAUAUUUAGCAAAACAGUUUGGUUUUGCCGGAAAAGAUGCAUGGGAGGAGGCUAAAGUAGACGAGUUGGUGAUGGGAGUUGAAGAAUUGCUGGGAAAGAUGCAGCCAUGGUUGGACGAGAGUAGUGAGACGGCGAAGAUCAAUCUUCUCAAAAAGCUGAUAGAAGACGUGAUUCAUCCAUUUCUCACUCUCUACGAGGAGUUCUUGGAGAAAAAUGGAUCUGGGUAUCUUGUGGGGAAUCAGGUAUCUCUAGCGGAUCUCGUUGUUUUUCAUGUGGUCUCCUUUUUGGAUCAGAAAAUUAUCCCCCGACAACUCGCAAAAUAUAAAGGACUCAGCGCGUUUCUUGUAAGAAUACAGGAAAUUCCCCGCAUCAAAGCAUGGCUCGAGAAAAGGCCAAAGACGGAAGUU